AUGACGGGGAGUAACCAGCAGCCAGUCAUACUUCUUGUACACGGUGCUUGGCAUCGACCUCUCCACUACCGUCUUCUUAUCCAAGCUUUCCAGCAACAAGACUUCACUGUCUUUGCGCCGCCUCUUGCAAGCUCCGGCUACGACGAUUCAGUCGAUGGUAAGACGUACCACGAUGACGUAAAGAGGAUCCAUGAUGCUGUUCUGCCCUACAUCGAUAGUGGGAGGAAAGUGAUUGGUAUUGGUCAUAGCUAUGGAGCUAUUCCUCUUACUGUGGCGAUUGAGGGUCACAGCAUUGCCGAAAGAGAGCAGAAAGGCCUGCCUGGCGGUGUCAGCUCUGUGAUUUAUGUGGCCCCGACGCCUGUCCUGCACAAAGGCAUUUCCAUGUAUGAAGCUGCGGGCGAGCACCGCAAGACACCAUUCUUUCACGAUGUAUCAGACACACGCAUGCCAUUGAAACUUGAUAGGGUCAAAGAAGCAUUCCUCUCAGAUAUUGAGCAGAACAUCUCGGACGAGAUCAUCCCUACACUUUGCCAUCAAAGCAAAACUCCCUUCGAAGUUCCUAUCGUUUGUACCCCCGCAGACUUGAAGAUUUGCAAGACUAUGGUAAUCUGCAAGAAUGAUCCUAUCUUCGGCAGGGAGAUGCUCUUGGGAGUGGCCCAGAACUGGGGCGCCGACACUUUGGAAAUCGAAUCUGGACAUAGCCCGCAUCUGGUGGAGGAGCACAGAAAGUGGCUCGUGGAGCUUGUGUCCCAGAAGGCCAGGGAGAUGUGA